UAAAUAUUUUCGUCAUGGUCAGCCUGAAUGAGCUCACGUAUAGUCGAAUCGUUUGCAGAUGUUACAGCCAGCGAUAAAAGGGGUGUUAAGUUUAUACAUUUUUGAACACUUUAUUCUGCAGGUGAAUCCACUGUUGGAGGCAUUUGGCAACGCCAGCACCGUGCUCAACAGUAACUCCAGUCGAUUCGCUAAGUACCUCACUCUAGCCCUCUCUCCAAGUGGAAAAGUUCUUGGGGGAUGUAACGUGUGUCCUCACCGUACUGUCCGCCAUCUUGCACAUGGGUAACCUCCACUUCCGGUCGCGACCUGGUAAAGAGGAGCAGGCGUGUCUAGACGACCUGAAGGUUCUGCAGAUUGUGUGCUCACUGCUGCGUAUCUCAGAGGAAGAUUUCCACUCAGCCUUGCUGGAAGAUGUGAUGAUCGCCAGAGGAGAGCAGACCCACCGACCUCUGACCCCGGACCAGUCACGUGAGGCAGUGGACGCCCUGUCCCGGGCUCUCUACAGCCGUCUCUUCUCCUGGCUGGUCAACGGCCUCAACCAGAUGGUCCAGGCCCCGCCGGACAGUGAGAGCGCCAGUCUGUCCGUGUCUGUGCUGGACGUUUUCGGGUUUGAGAAUCUGGCGCAGAACGGGUUUGAGCAGAUGUGCAUCAACGUGGCCAAUGAGAGACUGCAGUCCUUCUACAACCAGCGCGUGUUUGAGGCGGAGAUGAGAGACUGUAUGAGCGAGGGAGUGCCCUACCCAGAUGUCGUGUUACCUUCUGCGGACCAGGCAGUGCUCAACCUCUUUAUGGCGAAGAACUGCGGAAUCUUCGACCUCCUGGAUGAGGAGAGUAAAUUUCCAAAAGCCACGGACGAGUCUCUGGCGGCAAAACUACACUCGGUGGCAGGCAAAUCCCAGCAGUCUGUGUACAAAUCCCCCCGGUACGGAGGCCCCACCUUCACCGUGGUCCACUAUGCUGACGUCAUCACGUACGACCUGGUCGGUCUGCUCAAGAUCAACAGAGACGUCCUCAGACCUGCUCUCACCUUCGUCAUGAGAGGUGGGACAAACAAAGAUAUUCCUUCGUCAAAACGAGGUCCUUCACCUGGACGUCCUUGAGCAGACUUCUCUCAGAAAGGUGAUCCUGGCUCAAUCUGCCGUUCGAAGGUUCCUUGCCCGAGAAAAGUUGGAGGAGAGAAAAAUGCUGCGUCAGCACUACAGCUCUUCCCUGGCACAGCUUUGCGAGUCUGUUGACCAGUUCCAGAGACAGACUGACCAGACGCUGGCGUAUCUGACGGGGCUGGACAGAGACAGACAGGAGCAGGAGAUGAUCCGAAGGCCGGAUCAAGACGAGCAUGCCCCACUGAGAGGGUCAGCGGAAUACGUGCAGCUCCUGGACAUGGUUCUGGACGAGUACUCCACGCCUUGCACCAGCGCUGUGACGUCACCGAGGCAAGACCCGGACGAUAGUG